AUGUACUCCUUUGACUUGAUUUGUGUUCCUGGUAUGAUUCGUUCAAAUUUAAAGAAAUUUAGUGGCUGUCCGUUUUUACUGUCCUCAGCCGAAAAAAAAUGGACUGUCUUGAUAAAAGAUAAAACACCUACAAGUGGAUCUUCUUCCGAUACUGCCUACAUUUAA